UAUAUUUCUAUCUUUUCUCCAUUCGGGACCCACCCACACUGGACUCCAAUCCCUCCCUCCAUUCGUACUGCUUCCAACCUCUCGUUCCUCAUCUUCUCCACCCCAACACACACUCAUUUCACCUCCAUUACACACACAUAUACUGAGAACGCAUGACGCUCAACUUAACUUCUCCGUGGCCAAAUCGUCUCUAUUUUCACUCCACUCACCAUCACCGCUUCCUCUCCACAUCCAACGAAGCUGCGGCAAAUUCGUCAAAAUGGCAGCUUUUUUGCAAUUUUCGCACUCCAAAUCAUAAUAACUACAAUAUCAAGGCUUCGUUGAGCGAGAGCUAUCAUGAAGGUUCUGUAGUAGCUGGUGAUGGUGCUGGUAAUGAUGAUUAUGAGUUGAUUAUUAGUAGAGUUUCGGCUGCAAAAGACGCGAGUGAAGCACUGGAGGUGUUUGGUGAAAUGACUAAGAGAAGCGGUGGUGCCAUUAGUACCUCUGAUUGCUGUUCAAUUAUUUCGUCUGCGCUUGAUAGGAACAAUGCGGAUUUGGCACUGUCCGUUUUUAAAGCCAUGCGGUCGAGUUUCAACGCAGAAGAGGUAGGUGUUAGAGAUAAAGAUGUUGGUGAUGUAUGGAAGUGGCCGAGACCUGAUGUAAAUACAUACACACUCUUGGUUCGGGGUCUAGCUGCAUCAUUGAGGGUUUCAGAUGCUCUUACCAUCAUUGCUAAUGUUUGCAGAGUUGGAGUAUCUCCAGGUGAAGAGGUCCCUUUUGGUAAGAUUGUACGAUGUCCUACUUGCACGAUAGCUGUUGCUGUUGCACAACCCCAAAAUGGUAUUCAGAUUGUUUCCUGCUCCAAAUGUCGUUACCAAUACGAGCUUGUUUCAGGCAACAUAACUAGUAUCGAGUCAGAAGAAAUCAGCAUGGAUGUUCCCGCAUGGAAAAGAGGGCUGCAGUUGUUGCAGCUACUCAAAGAAACUACUCCUGCUGCUGUUCACUCCAUUGUUGUACAGACACCAUCUGGGAUGGGUCGAACACACAGAUUUGCUACCAAAACAGUUGAUCUCCCUGCAAAAGAAGGGGAACGUGUAACAAUUGCUUUAGCAGCUCCAUUAAGUGUCUACAGAGAAGUGGGCCCCUUAAAAUUUAGCCCCAAAACCCCCAACUAUUACCCUGGAGAGCCUAUGUCUCUAACAAAUCAUCAAGACUCCAGAGAAUCACCAUUACUCAGAGCCCCGACUAAAAACCAACCACUUUCCUUAUUUACCCCUACUGUCUUCUUUCCACUUGUCACUGUCUUAGCCACUGGAGAUGUGGCCUCGGGCAUGAUAGACCCUGGAUUACCUCAGUUUAUUACAGUUGCAGCUGUUUCCUCCUUAGCUGUUGGAGCCACUUUAAACGGUCUGGUUUUUCCACAAUUAAAUCGAUUUGUUCUUUUUUUUCACCAGCUUCCUCAAAGAGUUGUGGAAACAGUUGCUAUUAGGCAGCAACUACUGUCUCAGUAUGACACGCUUCAAUCUCGUAUUAAGGAUUUAAAAGAUGCAGCUGAAAACGAGGUAUGGAUGCUGGCUCGUAUGUGUCAACUGGAGAACAAAAUUGUGGCUGUUGGAGAGCCUUCUUACCGUGCAAGGAGAAGUAGAGUGAAAAGGGUGCGUGAAGGUCUAGAAAGUUCCUUGAAAUCUCGACUCGAACUAAUCGAAAGCUAUGCGAGAAUUUCUUCAAUGAUUGAAAUCGAGGUAGAAAUGGAUUCUGAUGUUCUUGCUGCUGAAGCAGCCAGCAAUGUGGAGACUAUUGCUGAGCAGAUACAACAGAUAAUGGAGCUUGAAAAUCUUGAAGAGAAAUGGAGAAUUCAAGCAGAGGCAAAUGAUGAGGUGGAGAAACUUCUCAGUACUGAGAUUAUACCUUAACAAACUGGAUCAUAUUAAUUUCUUCAUAACUUUUGAAAAAGGAUCUUGUAUAAAAGAUUCAAAGUUCACAUUUGUAAAUUCAAAAAGACAUUGAUGCUUAAAAACAUUAAACUAUAUGAUAAAUCCAUUUUGCCUUGCCAAAACUGGUUGGGUGGUUGUGAUUUAAGGUA